GAUAACAUGGCGGCAGCAGCUGCCCGGGCAUCCCGAGGAGGCGGCGGCGCCCACACCCGGAAGAAGGGGCUGUUUUCGGGCUAGUGCAGCGGUUCCUGCGGACCCGGAAGUCCCGGCCAGCUGCUGAAUGAGGGGAGCCGGGCCCUCCCCGCGACAGUCCCCCCGCGCCCUCCGCCCCGACCCGGGCCCCGCCAUGUCCUUCUUCCGGCGGAAAGUGAAAGGUAAAGAGCAAGAGAAGACCUCAGACAUCAAGUCCAUUAAAGCUUCAAUAGCUGUACAUUCCCCACAAAAAAGCACUAAAAAUCAUGCCUUGCUGGAAGCUGCAGGACCAAGUCAUGUUGCAAUCAAUGCCAUUUCUGCCAACAUGGACUCCUUUUCAAGUAGCAGGACAGCAACACUUAAGAAACAGCCAAGCCACAUGGAGGCUGCUCAUUUUGGGGACCUAGGAAGAUCCUGUCUGGACUAUCAAACUCAAGAGACCAAAUCAAGUCUUUCAAAGACCCUUGAGCAAGUCUUGCGUGAUCCUGUUGUCCUCCCAUAUUUCCUUCAGUUUAUGGAACUUCGGAGAAUGGAGCACCUGGUGAAAUUUUGGUUAGAUGCUGAAAGUUUUCACUCUACAACAUGGUCCCGAAUAAGAGCACACAGUCUAAACACAGUGAAACAGAGUUCACUGGCUGAGCCUGUCUCUCCAUCUAAAAAACAUGAAACUACAGUGUCAUUUGUAACUGAGUCUCUUGACAGGAGGUUGGGGGAUUCCAGCUCGGCCUCGCUGCUUAUGGCUCAGUCAGAAGGAAUUGACCUGAGUAGUAGAACUCAGAAUCACUUGCUGCUUUCCCAGGAAUGCCACAGUGCCCAUUCUUUCCAUCUUGAAAUGGCCAGAACAGGAACUCAUCAAAUUUCCAUGGACACCCCAGAAUCCUCUUCCAGACUUCCAGUAGCCAGUAGAAAUAGUUCCUCUUCUCCAUUGCGAGAAAUAUCAGGAAAACUAAUGAAAAGCAUAGAACAAGAUGCAGUGAAUACUUUUACCAAAUAUAUAUCUCCAGAUGCUGCUAAACCAAUACCAAUUACAGAAGCCAUGAGAAAUGACAUCAUAGCAAAAAUUUGUGGAGAAGAUGGCCAGGUGGAUCCCAACUGUUUCGUUCUGGCACAGGCUGUAGUCUUUAGUGCAAUGGAGCAAGAGCACUUUAGUGAGUUUCUGCGAAGUCACCAUUUCUGUAAAUACCAGAUUGAAGUGCUGACCAGUGGGACUGUUUACCUGGCUGACAUUCUCUUCUGUGAGUCAGCCCUCUUUUAUUUCUCAGAGUACAUGGAAAAAGAAGAUGCAGUGAAUAUCUUACAGUUCUGGUUAGCAGCGGAUAAUUUCCAGUCUCAGCUUGCUGCCAAAAAGGGCCAGUAUGAUGGACAGGAGGCACAGAAUGAUGCCAUGAUUUUAUAUGACAAGUACUUUUCCCUCCAAGCCACACACCCCCUUGGAUUUGAUGAUGUUGUGCGAUUAGAGAUUGAAUCCAAUAUCUGCAGGGAAGGUGGGCCACUUCCUAACUGUUUCACAACUCCGUUACGUCAGGCUUGGACAACCAUGGAGAAGGUCUUUUUGCCUGGUUUUCUGUCCAGCAAUCUUUAUUAUAAAUAUUUGAAUGACCUCAUCCAUUCAGUUCGGGGAGAUGAAUUUCUUGGAGGGAAUGUUGCACUGGCUGCUCACGGCUCUGCCUGCCUUCCUGAGGAGUCUCACUCAGGUGGUUCCGAUGGCGCUGCUGCUCAGUCUAGUGUGAAAAAAGCCAGUAUUAAAAUUUUGAAAAAUUUUGAUGAAGCAAUAAUUGUGGAUGCUGCAAGUCUGGAUCCAGAAACUUUAUAUCAACGGACAUAUGCAGGGAAGAUGUCUUUUGGGAGAGUCAGUGACUUGGGGCAGUUCAUCCGAGAGUCUGAGCCUGAACCUGAUGUGAAGAAAUCAAAAGGAUUCAUGUUCUCACAAGCUAUGAAGAAGUGGGUGCAAGGAAAUACCGAUGAGGCCCAAGAAGAGCUAGCUUGGAAGAUUGCGAAAAUGAUAGUGAGUGAUGUUAUGCAGCAGGCACACUAUGAUCAACCAUUAGAGAAAUCUACAAAGCUAUGACUCAAAACCAGAGAUAAGGAAAUCUGAUUUUGAAAAAUAAGAACUUUUCCCUUUGGUUGGAUCCCUCAACACAGCCGAUGAAAACGGAGCACUGCAUUUCUUUUCACUGCUCGAUCACUGUGGUUUCCAAGAAAGAAUGGGAGACAGUCCGAGAGCUGCUGUUCAAUAUAGUCAUAGGUGCACAUGAUGGUAACACAGUGAGUCACAAGAUACACAAUGGUGAAAUCACCACAGUUAGUUUUCCAGUGGCCAUAACCCACUGUGAGAGAGUUACCCACUGGAGUAGACAGGGACCACAUCCUAUGUGAGGCCGAGAAACGUGAGUCGGUGUGCGGUCCACAUGCUUGCGACAGAGCCCAGCCUUAGUGUCAGAAAGCAUGAAACAGAGGUGCUUUGUUCUUGUCCUCAAAUUCACAGGUGAGUCAGUCCUACCUGGAGCACACAGGCAGCUGUGUGGGCCCACAGCUUGUGGAGCAGGUGACAGUUCCUUGUGUAGUCUUCCUUCAGAGGCAUUAAUUUAGAAAGAAGCUGACAAGUCAUGGGCAAGGCUCAGUGAUGUCAUCCUUCUCUUUGGUGACAGAACAUAGUUUUCACAUUUCACUCACUCCUGAGAUGUUACAUCCUUAAAGCCAGUCCCUCCUCUGUUAACAAAAGUGCAAAUUUAGUUUACUAUGAGCGUCAAGACCCACUCCUCAACAGGAACACUAUGCUCCAGAUGCUUCAUUCCCUUUUCAGAAUACACAUGGAAAAAACUAAGUAUCACUCCAGUUUUUCCCAUGUGGUACUUGGGACACAUUCUCGGAUUUUAUUUUUAUCUUUUAUUUUUAAUAAACUGGGGAAUGAAGCACUCACUUUAGUGUCUCCCCAAGUCUUCACUGUGAGUGGGAAAUGUGCAGUUGCCUUUUCCCUUCCUGUCUUCAGACAGCAGGAGACUCACUCUGCCCUUCUGCUUUGCACCCGUGGCCCAGCCGUUGCUGGGGCCCACCAUUUGGCAAGCACACUCCCCCGGCCACAGGGUGCCAGUGCUUCCUUGUGUGUGACAGUUUAGAGAGAAAGGAAGUUUUCUUAGGUGUUAAUGCUUUUUGCUCAGAACUUGCAAAAGAAUAUAUGUUUGUGUGUGUAUAUAUAUAUAUUUGUAUAUAUAUAAAAUUAUUAAUCACCUCUGUCCUUGGGAAAGUCUUGAAUGAAUAGAAAAUUUAUUUCAUUGCAAUAUUAAUUGUAUAGAGGCACACUGUUCAUCAACAGAAGAAGCAAAAAGGCUGUGUAAAAGUUUUUGGUACUAUGUACCAACUCUGUUAUUCUGAAGUAUUCAUGUACUUAAACCAUAUUCUAUUUAAUUGUGUUUGAUUUUAAAUAUAUAUAUGAAUUAUA